AAAAUAAAUGCUUUACUCACCUUUGCUACAUAUUUGUUUACUUAUAAACCUCAACCCUUUCAAUUUGGUUGGAUUAAGUAUUUAUUAAGUAUUUCUUUCGUCCUGAAUAUUAGUUCAAUGCGUAUGGCCUCUAGGUGGAGCUAUAGUCUACAGGAUUAUUAUUGUAAUGUUUUCCCUCUUUUCUCCCUCUGUUUUAAUGGUUUGGCAGAGAUAAUGUGAGAAUUACAGAUAAUCUGUGUUUAUUCCCAUGAGACAAUCACAUUGCGUGCCUGUUCAUUAUGCAGUAUGCCACAACGCGCAGACAGAGUCCAAGUCAAUUACACAAUAUAGUCAUUUAGAGAGAUGAUUAUACUACACAGCUCAAAAAAAUUCUACAAAAAAGCAUAUUUGGAUUCUCAUAAUCUUCUGGAUUAAUAAACAUCCUAGUUUAAUCGUAUUCCAUUACAUUUUACAGAAUUCGUUUUAUGCACCUGAUCUUGUCGUGUGUAAAUGAAUGCGUUACUGUCUUUUUAAAAGGCAGUGACAUGUUGCUACACCUCCACUCCUCUUCUUAUUUUGCAGAUGAUGUCACUGUGGCUUCCCUCAGACCUUGGACAAAUGAUGUGAGCCUCUGUGUGGUGUUCCUCCUCUUUACCUUCCUCCCUUCCUCUCUCGCUCUCUCUCUCUCUCUCUCUCUCUCUCUCUCUCUCCCCCUCUCAGUAUCUCUAUUCUCCACAUCGUACUCCGCAUCUCUCUUCAUGAGCAGAGGGGCUGCCGGUGAGGAAACUUGACUCCCCUCUUUUCUUUCCUUCUCUCCUCUCUUUCUCGUUUUCUCUCUUUCUCUCUCUCUCAUCCUCUAGCAGCGAUGUAGUCCUCUCUCAAACUUUAAUAUCUUUUUGGCAAUGAAGCCUUGACUGACAUCUGUCACUCCAUCUUUCUGGACAUCUGUGGAUUCCUUCUUUUCUUCUUUUGGAGCUUUUUGCCCUGUUUCCAAACCCGCCUCAUUUCUUCCGUCCCGUCACGUCUUUGCGUUUGGACCAUGGCCAUGAAGGAAAUUGUACUCCCCAUCAGUGAGGUGUCCAGCCCGUACCCGGAGAUCGUGGAACUUAACGUCGGUGGCCAGGUCUACGUCACCAAGCGUUCCACCUUGGUCAGCGUACCUGACACCACUCUCCACACCAUGUUCACCCGCUACACCCCGCAGGAACUGCCCCGCGACAGCCGCGGGCGCUUUUUCAUCGACCGCGACGGCUUCUUGUUUCGAUACGUUCUGGACUUCCUGAGGGACCGCCAGCUGGUGCUCCCCGAACACUUCCCGGAGCGAGAGCGUCUGCAGCGCGAGGCCGAACACUUUCAAUUGGGGGAGCUUCUGAGGCUUCUGGGGCCACGUGUAGCUAAGCAAGGGUCGCUAAAUGACGAAGGCUGCCAAAGUGACAUCGAGGAAAGUUCCCAGAGUAGCGAGUUGGUGACACGAACCGGAAACAGUGCCACUCAUCACGCCACGUCCUCCUCCGCCCCGGACAAGAGGUCAGGGUUCAUUACCAUUGGUUACCGGGGAUCGUAUACAAUGGUGAGGGAUAACCAAGCAGAUGCUAAGUUUCGGCGCGUGGCACGGAUCAUGGUGUGCGGCCGUAUCGCUCUAGCAAAGGAGGUGUUUGGGGACACUCUCAAUGAGAGUCGAGAUCCAGACCGUCCUCCGGAGAAAUACACCUCGCGCUUCUACCUGAAGUUCACCUACCUGGAGCAAGCGUUCGAUAGGCUGAGUGAAGCCGGGUUUCAGAUGGUGGCCUGCAACUCUACAGGAACUGCUGCUUUUGUUAACCAGUACAGAGAUGACAAGAUCUGGAGCAGCUACACGGAGUACAUCUUCUUUAGGCCUGCCUGCAAGUCUGCAUCUCCUAAAUUUGAUCGCGACGAGCCCAAGUCUGAGAAACUUCUGGAUAAGGCCAGUGAGAGCGGAGCAUCGCUCAAUGAGCUCUCCACCUCCAGCUCGGAGACCCAUUCUGAAGCCACUUCGCCCCAGGACCACGGACCCAUCUUAGUUUCACGCGGCGAGGUCGUUGGAGGUUCCAGGGCCCCGUGCGGAGCCCUGCAUUCUGUGUCCCGUCCUCCGAGCACUCUCACUCUGGGUCGACCAUCUAAGAAAGGCUCCUCGGUUCAGUGGAUGGAGUUACCGGAUAAGAGGCGGAACAGCGAGCUCUUCCAGUCCCUCACCAGCGGGGUGGGUUUGCGGGAAAGUGGGGGGAGCGGUCUGACCCGCAGGAAGACUCUGGAGAGGCCCAGCCCCGAGGAAGAAAUGAAACAGUGUAUCCGAGAUUUCCGAAAGAUCAAGAUCCCCCAGGCGUUCCCAGAGCGCAAGCGCCAGUGGCAGUCUGAACUGCUUCAGAAGUACGGUCUAUAAUUUUUUUUCACAUAUUAUAUUUGUUCAGUGAAUCCUCGAAGGCCUUGAUACACAGUAGCUGCGUUUACAUGGACACAUCGGAUUGAAUUUAAUCAGAUAUAUUAUAUAUACAAUUAUUAAAAUAAAUGUUUAGCAACAGCUAAUACCGAACUUUAGAAGUGAUGAUAUGCGGACUCACAUAUCAGCAUGAACGGUAAACAGAGACGGGGGUGGACGCGGGUAUCAUUAUAAUAUUCACAAAACGGCUACUCAAACAAUGUUGUAAGCACAGAUGUAUUUAUUUUAUGUCACAGACACCAGCAUAAUAAUGCCUACAUAUCAAUGAAGCAAGGUCGUUACAGCGACUUACCAUGGUAAAAACAAUUAAUCCUUCCAAAGCACAUGUAAGCAGGGCUGGACUGGGAAGAAAAAUCGGCCCUGGCAUUUUUAGGCCCGCAUCGGCCCUCCACCGAAUCUGUUGAUGGGGGGAAGGUAUGUGCAUGCAUACGUGUCUUUUGCAUUCGCGUUGCGUGCAUUCGCAUUUAUAAUACGUCUGUCUAAGCGGCAAAGCCUCCGUUCCGGCCCCAUACGUUAGCAGCAAAUGCCUCCGUUACGGCCCCAUACGUUAGCGGCAAACGCGUCCAUUCCGGCCCCAUACGUUAGCGGCAAACCCGUCCGUUCCAGCCCCAUACGUUAGCGGCCAACGCCUCCGUUACGGCCCCAUACGUUAGCAGCAAACGCCUCCGUUACGGCCCCAUACGUUAGCGGCAAACGCGUCCGUUCUGGCCCCAUACGUUAGCGGCAAAUGCGUCCGUUCCAGCCCCAUACGUUAGCAGCAAACGCCUCCGUUACGGCCCCAUACGUUAGCGGCAAACACGUCCGUUACGGCCCCAUACGUUAGCGGCAAACGCGUCCAUUCCGGCCCCAUACAUUAGCGGCCCACCGGGAAAAUGCCUGGUACGCCAGAUGGCCAGUCCGCCCCUGCAUGUAAGUAAACAAUAAAUAAAAUAAAUGUUCGGUAGCCUACUACGAAUAUAAACGAAAUUUUAUGAUAAGAUAUUUUAGCCUUUCAGUAUGUUUGUACAUCUGCAAAUGUAUCGUGUUUAAAAAAGGAACUGAGAAAUUGCAGUUAAAAACUCACUCCAGGGAAACGGUUAAGACAUUUUAAAUGCAUAGAAACAUUAAUAUGUUCAUUUAGAGAUGACAAGCAUAUGGACAUUUGUACCGCUUUGUCAGAUUUAUGGGUUUUGGUUUCUUUAGCAAGAGCUGCUCCGUUCCGUGCGUCAUACGCAUUUACGUAUGUUCGAGCCAGCAUCGUCUUUGCACAUGCGCACAACUUCCUACUUCGGUUUUUUAUCUGAUCAAGUGUUUACAUGUCCUAUCAAGCGGAUUACAAACGGCAUAAACCACCCCUUACAAUCCGACUGAAAUUUCAAUCGGCUUGGGCAUUGUUAAUCUGAUUGACGUGUUUAUAUGGAGAGUUUUCAUUUGGAUUGGAGUUUUAAUCGGAUUACACUGGUCCAUGUAAACGCAGCUAGUGAUAACCAGAACUUUAUAACCAACUAUUAGAAAAAAGCUGAGAGUGGGAGUAUGGGAAUCGAACUAACUAAAUAUUUCAUUUUGUUCGUGGAGAACUGUGAAGAUUGACAGCACAAUGUAUUUACUUCAGAAGAAAGUGAAGAAAAACUUUGAAAAAGAACUCAAAUAAACCACUCCGCUGCCCAGAGAUCAUGUAUAAACUCUUGAACGGAUUCCGCCGUCUUUGGUGUCCGAGCUGAAGUGAAUCCAAAAUGUGUUCACUUGAAUCUACAGCAGGGGUUCUCAACCUUUUUUGGUUCGUGACGAAUUAUGUUUUCAACUGUUUAUUUAGAAUGAGAUCCUGAAGUGUAUAGCUUAGACAACCUCAUUAUUAUUGACUCUGUCGUGUCUCCAUUUGUGUCUUAUAACCCAUUUUGUGCCAGAGCUGUGACACAGAGGGAUGUCCUUCUCAAACUAUGAAGUGCUGUUAUGUUCUUUGGGUUUCAAUUUUGGUCUGGGUCGUGUGCCAAACCCUUCAUUCUCCCUACCCCUUCUUGUCAGUUCACUGUCCUGUCUAAAAAGAUAAGAAAAAUAAUAUGUACAUCGACUUAAAAAAAGAAAAUUCAUCGUAAGAAGCCCCUCAUUUCACAGCAUUCCAUUGAGAUCCAUCCAGCUGUUUUGAAAAUAAGAAUUGUUCAUCUCCUCUCCACUGUUAAAGCGUUUGUUCACCCCAACAUGAACUUUUUCAUUUUUAACUAGUGAACUAUGCCUAUUAAUUCAUGUGGGUCUGUUAUUGGUCUUUAAAAGUAUACCAUAAAUAAGAUACAGAGAUGACAAAGUACGAUGACUCAUCUCUCAGAAUACAGGAGUCACUCGUGUCGAUUGACAGUGAUACUAGUACAUUUCUGUGUCUAAACAAGACACGUGGAUGGCAAAAAUACAUUUGUAUUCGUUUUUAUUGACAAAAGAGAUAAAAGGGAUGGAGAAGUAUUAAUAUCCAGGAUUUGUUUUAGUAAACUGCCAUUGACAGAAUCUUCAUACAGUACACCUCUGUAACACACAGUAUGAGUUUCUUUUUUAUACGGCAGGUCUGAUGGGAGCAACUACAGCAGAGAGAUGAUAUUAAAAUAUAUUGUUGUUCCGACUGUCAUUCAGUUUGGUUCAGUACACACGGCGAGGAUGUGGCUGUCAUUUCUGUACAUGAAUACAGAAACUCUACAAGAGGAGCUCAUAAAUUUCUCAUAAAUAACCAAACGGUGUGUGUACAGAAUGAGAAUGACAGCCAUGUUUAGCUGCAGUGUAUGAUUUAUGUGAAAUGUCUUAUCUGUUUUUUUGAGAAUAUGAAUAGAAAAACAUAGCUAUAUAUUUGCUGAGCUUAAAUUAGAAUGAGUUCUGCAAUCAGGAGUUUUACAUCAGAUCAGCUGUGUAAAUCAACAGAGAUACGGUAUACGGUAUAAUAUGACAAAGCAAGUUUAAAUGAAUAAACUGGAUUUGUGUAAUAGGCCAUCUUGAACAUCGAAUUGCCAUUGAUUUCAGUGUUAAACGUUUUUUUCGGAUGUGUUUUCGUCUGGAUGGCGCCUGAAAAUUGUUGCCUGGCUAUACAUGGCUGUUUUUCGGACAUUUUGUUGAGUGCAUUUCAUUUUUAAAGUGGUUUGUGUUCAUGUGUGCUGUCCAUAAGCAGUCUUUUGUGUCAAUUCAUGGAGUAAAUUGUAAUAUUAUCGGGUUAUUUUGAAUCUCACAAAAGAAAUAAAAACAGGAAAUUUGUCACUAUAAAGCGUUCACCAGAAAGUUUAUUGUAGGUUUCAAGGCUGGACCAUAAAUUGGCCCUGUGGUCCCCAGAAUAGAUCUUUAAUGUGAAAUCUUGCGUCUGAGCAGACGAGCCAAGAUUUUAAAAAGGAAAAUACCAACAACUAUACCAAAAUAUUGUUCAUCGUCAUCUCUGGGAGGAUCUAUAGGCUAAAUAUCAGAUGUCAAUAAUGUCAGUGAGGCAUUUUCAUGCUUACAAAGUAACGAAUUUGAGAAGUAAGUAGAUGGUAGCCAUCCAGAUUUAUAUGCACGUUUUUACGCACGUUUAAAGCACAUUAUUCUAUAAAUGCUGGUUGAGAUGUGACGUCUCGAUCCCAGAACACAGGUUUGAAAAGCACAAGACCCGGCUGACUCUGUUAGUCUAGAAACAUGUUGAAUGGGUUUAAUUCAGGACUUUGUGUACUGUGAAACCAGAAUUUGUAAAGACAUUUGUUGUUAUUUAUUAGUUUUUCUCAAUGUCCUCAAAUAAAAGAUGUCAUGAU